AUGCACGAACUAGGAAGCAAAGCAAAACAUUCCAGGGUCUUAUCGACAAAGAACCAGUUACCAAGAAAACAGCCUGUUUCCCAGCCCCCGAAGCCUCCCCUCGCUCCCAUUCAAAACGAACAAUCAACUUUAUUUUCAACCCCACCCGCGCCGUCACAUAUUUCACCCCCGGUCUCUACACCCAAUAAUGGUCCAUCUCCUGGUCGCAUGCGCACCAACGCAGAAGGACCACGGCUUAUCCCUGUCGACCCAGUCCGCGCCACCCCGCACCUCCUUGCAAAAAUCCCGCAUGGCGCGAGGCAUGUGCGCCGCUUUAUCAUUGUUGUCGUAGUGGUGUUGUACCGCGGGUCGCAUCAGGCGGUGUACCCGACGCCGAAUGUUCCGCCGCUGCAGCAUGCGGGCGAUGAGAUUGUGUUAAAGGAGGAUGAGGACGAUGGCGUCGAUGGCGUCGAGUUGGAUACAGAUAUGGAGAUGGAGAUGGGGAUGGGGAGGGAUGAGGAUGAGGAGCAGGAGGAGCAGGAGGAGCAGGAUGAAGAGGAGGAGGAGGAAAGGGAAGAAGUGCAGGAGGAGGAGGAGGAGGAGGAGGAGUACGACCCCGACCAUGACCAUGGCCAUGCGGCGGAGAGGUAUCGGUACUCUGGCUCUCUUGUGAUGAGGCCGAGGAAACGGAGUAGUGAGGAGUUGGAUGAUGAGCAUGAACGUGAACGCGGGCGUGAGCGUGGGAGUGAAGAGAGGGUACCGUGUCGGGGAACAUACCAUAACGACAACCACAACCACAACGACACAUAUAGCCUCCACAACCACCAACGUAUCCGGGUGCACGCGCCGCUUUCGCCGUCGUCUGAGAGCCCGCGCAGUAGAAGGCGGAGCGGGAGUGUGUAUUAUUCAUCGUCUGCCGAUGCGGAGGAAGGUGAUCGGGAUGUGGUGUUUUCUGAGGUGGGCGAUGGCGAUGUUGAUGUUGAUGUGCAUGUGGAUGGGGAUGGGGACGAUAUCUCAGGGGACGAAUUUCUCGAUGUUGCCUCGGAGUGGCUGGACGACGCUAAGAAGGCGAUUCUGAAAGGGAAGAAAAACCUUGACAAGUGGUUCCAUGAUGGAAGAGAAUUCAUAAAGCGAGAUAAUUUGCUCUACGAAUAUAUUACGCAUCCUGAAUUCCAGAAAUAUGAUUUGAGGGUGACGGAACCCAAGCUUUGUGACCCAACCGUCAAGCAAUUGUCAGGGUAUCUCGACAUUGCUGAAGACAAGCAUGGAGAGUGA